CUGUGGCACGUCUCGUCCUAGCCCCCCUUUUCCCAGUCCACACCCUUACUGCGCCCUUGGCCCGCAGUCCCUCGAGAUUGCAAGCGUGGGAGCCCCGGUCCAGCGUAGGUCCCUCACGGAGACCCGCGCCCUCCUUCCUUCCUAGUCCGGACGGACGCACUUCCGGCGGAUGUGGGCGGGCAGCCCCCGGAAACGGAAGUGAGCGGUGGGGCCGGCUGACGGUAAUUGAAGUCAGAGGCUGUUCACAGAGUGGGCUGAAGAUGAAUACCAGAGGACUUGGAUCUCAGCUAAAGGACAGUAUACCAGUUACUGAACUUUCAGCAAGUGGGCCUUUUGAAAGUCAUGAUCUUCUGCGGAAAGGUUUUUCUUGUGUGAAAAAUGAACUUUUACCAAGUCAUCCUCUUGAGUUAUCAGAAAAAAAUUUCCAGCUCAACCAAGAUAAAAUGAAUUUUUCCACACUGAGGAACAUCCAGGGUCUCUUUGCUCCUCUAAAAUUACAAAUGGAAUUCAAGGCAGUACAACAGGUUCAGCGUCUUCCAUUUCUUUCAAGCUCAAACUUUUCAUUGGAUAUUUUGAGGGGUAAUGAUGAGACUAUUGGGUUUGAAGAUAUUCUCAAUGAUCCAUCACAAAGUGAACUCAUGGGGGAACCACACUUGAUGGUGGAAUAUAAACUUGGUUUAUUGUGAUACAUGUGCUGUUCAUGAAGCAGAGGGCUGCAUCUUGAGAUAGUUGUCUUUUGAUGUACAUGACAUUAAAAGUACUGACACAGGA